AUAGCUGGGCAUCGUCCGCCAUUCUUCACUGGUAAGGAAGAUCCACUAGUGUUAGAAGAUUGGAUAAGGACUUUCGACAAAAUGUUUGAGGCUGUAGAAUGUCCUGAAGAAAGGAGGGUGGAGAUAGCUACAUUCUAUUUCCAGCAAGAAGCUGACAACUGGUGGAGUAUGAUGGGACCCAUGUAUCAACAACAAGGAGAAUUUCAAUGGACUGACCUUAAAGCUUGAAUGCGGGAUCAUUUUUAUCCCGAGCAUGUUAAGUCCGCUAAGUACGAGGAAUUUCUACAUCUACGUCAAGGGACGACAUCUGUUCAGGACUACUAUGCUAAGUAUCUUGAGCUGGCACGAUUUGCCCCUGCCUUAGCCCCGGAUGAGCCAAGCAAGGCUAGGAAGUUUGUAAAUGGAUUAAAUUUUGAGACUCAAAAAGCCGUUUGUGUGUUUGAGUGUCAGACACUUGGAGAGGCUUAUAACCGGGCUGCCAAACAUUAUCGAGUCCAGCAGAUGCAGAAGGAGGUUCGUGAGAAGGGUAAGAGGAAAUUUGAAGGUAGUAGCAGAGGGGGAGAGAAGAACUCUAAGAUGAGUCAAGGAGAGGCUAUUCGGGAUUACCAAAGAAGUGGGAUUCCCAGACCUAGGAGGGAUUUCCCAACUCAAAGUACAGGGAUGACUAGUAGAGGAUGGAUGAAGGAGAGGCAUUUCUACUGUAAAAGAUGUGGGAAGGAUCAUCCCGGUGUCGAUUGUAUAGGGAUGCCGGUAGAGUGCUUCAAUUGUGGGAAGAAGGGCCAUCGCUCAUUUGAAUGUCAAACUAGCAGGAGGGAAGGGUCAUUCCGUCCUAGCCAGAGUCAAGAAAAGACCCAACAAUCUGGAAUACAAGUGAAGGCUAGGAAUGGAGUGAACGUGGCAAAUAGUAACACUGAGAGCACAAGCAAGGCACCAACUAGCAGGAGUGGACCCCAGCAAGGGAGGAUCUUUGUGAUGAGUAAAGCUCAGGCGGAUGUGAGCGAUGUGGUGGCAGUUUCUAACAAUGGCUGAAGAGAGUGAACCACCAAAUUUAGAACAACAAAUGACCACCAUGAUGAGGAUGUUGGAACAAAUGCGUCAAGAUGUGAACAAUCUAAUAGCACGUCCACAGAAUCAACCUAUUGAGGUGAAUAUUGCACCAAGAAAUACAGAAGCUGCAGGUUGGGUGAACCAAGUCCGUCAAGGGCGAUUACCUAGAGUUAAUAUUAGACCAAGGAGACUAAAUGAAGUUGUUGAACAUGAUGAGCUAGACUUGCCACAAGAGGAGGAACUACAAGAGGAUUUGGGCAAUUUCAAGCUUGAAUUACCUAAAUUCAAUGGUGAAGGUGAUCCCGGAGAUUAUAUAGAAUGGAAAGAUGCUGUACAAAGUGUGUUUGAUUGUAAAAGAUAUAGUGAACUAACAAAAGUUAGACUAGCUAUCUCAUCUUUUAAGGGUUUUGCAGUUACUUGGUGGAAACAACAGGAGCAAGAAAGGGAGUUUACUCAUGACGCACCAGUUGCUACGUGGGACAGGCUAAGAACAAUGCUUAGGCAUACGUUCCGACCUGCUACAUACUACUUUGAGCUUGAGAAGCAACAACAUGGGAUCCAUCAAGGUAAUAAGACUAUUGAUGAAUAUUACAGGGAGAUCCAGACUUUGAAGACUCGGGCUAUGGUGCGUGAGAGUGAAGAUAGAGCAAUUGCUAGAUUUUUGCAAGGGCUCAAUCGUGACAUCUAUUGUGUAGUAAACAUGCAUUGUUACUACACCAUGGAUGAUGCCUUGUAUGCUGCUCGGCCAGUUGAGAAGACAAAUAAGGAGAUAAAGGCUUAUAGAUCUCAAGCUAGCGGUUCAAGGUGGACAACACAAAGAUCAAAUGCACCACCGAGGCGUGAGGAUGUUCGACCAACCCAGGAACACCCUAAGGAGGACAGUAGGGAUAGCGGAAAGGCAAAGGUGAUUGAGGCUCCAAGACCCGCUCGGGAUCGUGACCUUGUUUGUUGGAAAUGUCAAGGUCGUGGUCAUAUGGCUAGAGAUUGUCCUAAUAAGAGGAAUAUGAAAGUCUCCAAGCAAAUGGAGGCUGUGGCAGCAACAAUCCAGUAUGAGUCUGAGGAGGAGGGAGAUGAACAAAUUGAGCUGUUUGAGCAAGAUGAUGAGGAUGUGCUAUUGCCCCUUGAUCCGACACGUGCUGCUGAUGAUGAACCUGGUUCCAAUAAGCAUGCCUUUGUUGUCAAAAAGAUUUUGAGCACUAAAUCCAUUCCUGAGCAAGAAGAGAGCCAAAGAGAAAACAUAUUCUAUGCAAAAGGAAGGAUUCAUGGGAUGCGCUACAGUGUCAUUAUUGAUUCGGGGAGUUGCACGAAUGUGGCUAGUGCCGCCAUAGUGACUCAUCUUAAAUUACCUCUUAUUGAUCACCCCCAUCCAUAUAGAUUGCAAUGACUUACUGAUGCAUGGGAGAUAAAGGUGACUAAACAAGCACUGGUGCCUUUUUCUAUUUGUAAGUACAAUGAUGAGAUAAUAUGUGAUGUUGUACCAAUGCAAGCAACACAUGUGUUGCUUGGACGGCCAUGGCAAUAUGAUAGGCAAAUUUACUUUGAUGAAAUUACCAAUACCUACACUGUUACAUGUGAUGGUGCUAAGCAUGUGCUUAGACCUCUUACCCCAAGGGAAGUAAAGGAAGAACAAUUGAGAUUGAAUAAAGCUCGCCAACCAGUCUUGAAGAAAGAUGAAACUAAGGGAAACAAAAUUGAUUCUUUCCCUUUGGAGAUAAAAACACCAUUCAAAUCCAAGGAUGCAACAAGUGGUGUGACGAAGCAAUCUCUUCUUGCAAGCAAAAGGGAUAUUAAAUGUUUUCCCAAGGAGAUGCCUAAAGGAUUACCACCUAUUCGGGGAAUAGAACAUCAAAUUGAUUUGGUUCCGGGUGCUACACUUCCAAAUCGUCCAGCUUAUAGGACCAAUCCAGAUGAGGUCAAAGAGAUUCAACGACAAGUGGAAGAGCUUUUGGAGAUGGGACACAUUCGAGAAAGUUUGAGUCCAUGCGCUGUUCCAGUUCUCAUUGUUCCAAAGAAAGAUGGUACUUGGAGAAUGUGUGUUGAUUGUCGUGCAAUCACAACAUUAUGGUAAAGUAUAGAUUUCCUAUCCCGAGACUUGAUGAUAUGCUUGAUGAACUCCAUGGAGCUAAACUCUUUAGCAAGGUGGACUUGAGGAGAGGAUACCAUCAAAUUCGAAUGAAGGAAGGAGAUGAAUGAAAAACUACCUUCAAAACAAAACAUGGUUUAUACGAGUGGUUGGUUAUGCCUUUUGGCCUCACCAAUGCCCCUAGCACGUUCAUGAGACUAAUGAACCAUAUUUUGAGGAAAUUUAUUGGUAUUUUUGUGGUGGUCUAUUUUGAUGACAUUUUGAUUUAUAGUAAGUCUAAAGAUGAGCAUAUGGUACAUCUUCGACUAGUUUUUGAAGAACUACGAAAAGAGAAGUUAUAUGCUAAUCUUGAAAAGUGUUGUUUUUGUGCUGAAA